UCGAUCAAGAUGGCGACGUCGACCAGGAAGUAGGUAAACAACCGAACAGGGGAAGAAAAAUAUGGAUUAACCCCUCAGAUACACCCUAUCCGGUGAACACAAAGGCAUUGAGUGGUCGUCGAGGGUUAUCAAGGACAGGGGAGUUUAGUUAUCGCGCGAAAUGGCUGGCGAAUGACAGGGGUUUGGCACAUGACCAUGUUUCUGCUCGGUGUCUGAUGCCCACUCUUACCACGUCUGUCGUCAUGGACACAGAGGACUAUUUGCAUCCUGAGAGCCCUCAGCUAGGGAGCCCGAAGUUCAGCGCUCCCAGUCCUCCUCUCACGAGCUCCAUGGAGAGUCAGCUGUUCGCGUCAAACUCAUGGGUGUUUUCACAGCAAACCCAGUACAGCCAGCACUAUCCUAUGCAAUCUGGGAGGCAGCUUCAGUCAAACUCGUCCUCUGUGAAUCUGGACCUGUCUGACAUAGACAUUCACGACCUCGUGAGGAACGGAGACUUCUCCCAGGAUUUGUCGUGCAUAGAUGAGCUGUCCAACACAUCUUUGUUCUCCUCACCGUCUGACUCGCUGUCUGAGUAUGCAGACCCCUCUGGGUUUAGCAUCGAUAGUGUGGCACAGUUACCCACUGAGGUCACCAUGGCACAGAUGUACUGGGAUAUACCUGGACACAGUCAGAGACAACAGCAGAAUUUGGGCGCUUUUCCUGGUAGGCUUGAUGACAUCAGUGCGAUCCUGUCUGCAUCAGUAGCAGGACUUAAGGCUGCUCCGCCUCCACAGGAGGAAGAAGUGGAGGCAGAUGAGGAAGAAACCGAGGAGUUAGGGCACGCAGACACAUACGCUGAAUACAAGCCGUCUAAAUCUACUAUUGGAAUCUCUCACCCUGACAUUGUGGUGGAGACCAACACGCUUUCCAGCGUCCCUCCUCCUGACAUAACAUACACACUGUCCAUUCCAGACAGCACCAUUAGCUCCGGCAUGCUGUCAGCCCUGCAGCUGGAGGCCAUCAUCUACGCAUGCCAGCAACACGAGGUGAUUCUUCAGAAUGGUCAGCGAGCGGGUUUUCUGAUCGGAGAUGGAGCUGGUGUUGGGAAAGGCCGCACUGUGGCUGGGAUCAUACUGGAGAAUUUCUUAAAGGGACGGAAGAGAGCACUAUGGUUCAGUGUCUCGAAUGACCUGAAGUACGAUGCUGAGAGAGAUCUGAAAGACAUCGACGCACCCAACAUCCCUGUUUUUGCUUUAAAUAAGAUUAAAUAUGGAGACAUGGCUACCUCAGAGGGCGUUCUGUUCGCCACAUACUCAGCGCUGAUUGGAGAGAGCCAGGCGGGCGGCCAGCACCGCACCAGGCUCAAACAGAUCUUGGAUUGGUGCAAACCCAACUUUGAUGGAGUUAUUGUGUUUGACGAGUGCCAUAAGGCAAAAAAUGCGACUUCCACCAAGAUGGGUAAAGCAGUGCUGGACUUGCAGAGUAAACUGCCCCGGGCGAGAGUGGUAUACGCUAGUGCCACAGGUGCUUCUGAGCCAAAGAACAUGAUAUACAUGAGUCGUUUAGGGAUCUGGGGGCAAGGAACACCGUUCAAGACCUUUGAUGACUUCCUGCAUGCUAUAGAGAAGAGGGGUGUUGGUGCCAUGGAGAUUGUCGCCAUGGAUAUGAAAGUGAGUGGCAUGUAUAUCGCACGGCAGCUGAGUUUUUCCGGCGUGUCUUUCCGUAUAGAAGAGAUAACACUGGACGAAGAGUUUAAACUUGUCUACAACAAAGCAGCUAGACUGUGGGCAGAAGCUCUUGAGUUGUUCACCAGAUCAGCAGAUGUUUUGGGUUUGGUGUCUCGUAAGUCUCUGUGGGGUCAGUUCUGGGCAUCACAUCAGAGGUUUUUUAAAUAUCUCUGUAUCGCUGCUAAAGUCCGUCGUCUUGUCGAACUCGCUCAGGAAGAGAUGCAACGUGGCAAGUGUAUCGUGAUUGGCCUGCAGUCCACCGGAGAGGCUCGUACUCGAGAGGUCCUGGACGAGAAUGAUGGACGUCUGGACAGAUUCGUCUCUGCUGCUGAGGGUGUUUUCCACUCCUUAGUACAAAAACACUUUCCAACAGAGAAACCCAAGAGAGAGAAAAGUGCCGCGAGCAAAAGGAAACGAAAGCCCAGGAGCCGGCCUUCAAAAUUCCUGAAGCACUGUGUGGAAGUGAGCGGAGUCAUUAAAAUCAGCGAUGAUUCAGGCUCGGAUUCAGAUGAGAUCGACAGCGAAUCAAACUCUUCCCCUGAUUCACUACAGGACAACGACGAUGUGAUCUUCGUCAAUCACAUCAACAGCCCUGCUGCUAAACUAGAGGAGCUGAAGCAGAGGCUGCUGGGUAAAAUAGCAGAGCUGGGGAAAGAGCUGCCACUAAACACACUUGAUGAGCUGAUUGACAGGUUUGGAGGGCCAGAGAAGGUGUCAGAGAUGACGGGGCGCAAGGGACGUGUGGUGCGUCAUCCUGACGGUAGCAUACGAUAUGAGACCAGAGCGGAACAAGGCCUCACCAUCGAUCAUGUCAACAUCAGAGAGAAAGAGCGAUUCAUGUCAGGAGAAAAGUUGAUAGCGAUCAUCUCUGAGGCGGCUAGCUCGGGAAUCUCUCUACAGGCGGAUAAACGCAUUCAGAACCGCAGGAGAAGAGUUCACAUGACCUUAGAGCUGCCGUGGAGCGCCGACCGCGCCAUUCAGCAGUUUGGUCGGACACAUCGCUCAAAUCAAGUUACAGCUCCGGAGUAUAUCUUCCUCAUAUCAGAGCUGGCCGGAGAGAGACGCUUCGCCUCUAUUGUUGCCAAGAGACUGGAGAGUCUGGGGGCGUUGACUCACGGUGACAGACGAGCCACUGAAUCCAGAGAUCUGAGCCAGUACAAUUUUGAGAACAAAUAUGGCACCAAAGCACUGGAUAAAAUCACUAAAGCCAUUCUAGGAUACAUCGACAACAAAGUCCCUCCACCGAAGGGCUAUCCAGGAGGUGACAUCAUGUUCUUCAGAGAUAUGAAGAAAGGCAUGAUUGAUGUUGGGAUCUUCUGUAAGGAGCCGCGCUUCGGACUGAACACAGAGAAAGACUGCAGCAUCACCAAAUUUCUAAACCGUAUUUUGGGUUUAGAGGUAUACCAACAGAACUCUCUGUUCCAAUACUUCACUGAUAACUUCGACUACCUGAUCGAUAAAGACAAAAAAGAGGGGAAAUACGACAUGGGAAUAUUAGAUCUUGCUCCAGGUAAUGAUGAGAUCCAUGAGGAAACACAGGAGAAGUUUCUAACUCCAGGAAACCCUCAGGAAGGACAAGUCAUGCUUUAUAAGAUCAGUGUAGAUCGGGGAAUGCCCUGGGAAGAGGCGUGCAGUAAAGCCGAGAAAUUUUCCGGAGAUUAUGAAGGGUUUUACCUCUCAAAUAAGUUGCGUGGGAGCCAGCCUUGUGUCCUGCUCGCCGAACAGGGUCGCGGGCGGAACCUCAUCCUGUAUAAGCCCAACAUCGGCAAACAGGCUCAUCCCGAGAAUCUCGACAACCUGCUUCUUAGAUACUACAAGGUAACACCUGAGGAAGCAAAGGACUGCUGGGAGAGUCAGUUCGUCUUUUCCUUCACUAACUGCACACAUGCCAACUGGAACGGAAAGUGUAAGAUGAAUGAGCAGGGACAAGAGUGUUUUCUGGGAAUGCGUCUCAGGCAAUAUCACAUGCUUUGUGGAGCACUACUGAGGGUCUGGAAACGAGUGUCUGACAUUGUCUCUGAUGUCACAAGCUCCAGCAUCCUACAGAUCGUACGACUCAAAACCAAACAAAACAGCAAACAAGUUGGAAUAAAGAUCCCUGAAAACUGUGUGUCCCGUGUGCGCGCUGAGCUUUCUCGAAUGGACGAGGAGGUGAAAAAAGCUCGGCGAGAGAGAGAACAACUUGCUAAUGACCAACGUGCUCGUGUACGGCAAGAGAUGCUGGCCAAGUUCAUCAAUGCCCGCAAACUGUGCGCCAACCUGCCCCACGCCCUUCCAAACCACCUUCCAUACCCACGAUCCCUCUUGCCCCCUGUUACGAUGCCCAAGAGUGAGGUUGUCAGUGAAGUCCUGGACUUGACCAUCAGCCCGUGUCCCUCACCAGAUAUCAAAACCCUGCAGGACGCAGGAAUCAGCCUGAACGGCGUUUCUCUUAACGGUGGGAUUGCGGGCGGGAAGGGACGCCCAGGCGUGGUUGCUCCAGAGACCUUUGGCCUUGAAGAUUUGAUCUCUCAGGAGCAGCAGAGGCACAAGCAGGUCAAGUUGAACUCUAACUCACACGUAUCGUCAUCUUUCAAUGUCUUGCGACAGCCACAGCAGCACGUUCACACGCUAAAGCAGAAUCAUUCAUCACUGGGCAUGUUGACGCAGCAGCAGAGCGGCUCUCGCUUGCAGCAGGACGUUCAGGCAUCCGUGCGGUACAGCACACUUCUUUCGCAACUGCAUGGAGGACAGGACAAAUCGCUCAUGCAGCGACUUCUCACGCAGAUGCGACAGCAGACCGAUGCAUCAUCGCAGUCAACACGCAUAGCGCUGCCCAUACAGCGGAGCAGUCAACAUGCAAAUAUGCUAACGCACAACUCUAAUGCACUGGCACAUUCGUUUGGAAACCACGCACAGCAACAACAUCUGCAGAUGCAUGCGAGCAAUCACAGGCUCAUUUCUCUCAGCAGAACGCUGCAGUCGCAAUCCCUGCUGUCGCAACCCCUGCAGUCACAGACAAAAUCCCUGCUGUCGCAACCCCUGCAGUCACUGUCGCAACCCCUGCAGUCACAGUCGCAACCCCUGCUGUCGCAACCCCUGCUGUCGCAACCCCUGCAGUCACAGUCGCAACCCCUGCUGUCGCAGUCGCACCCCUGCUGUCGCAACCCCUACAGUCGCAAUCCCUGCUGUCGCAACCCCAACAGACACAGUCUCAAUCAAUGCAGUCGCAACCCCUGCAGUCACAGUCGCAAUCCCUGCAGUCGCAACCCCUGCAGUCACAGUCGCAAUCCCUGCAGUCGCAACCCCUGCAGUCGCAGUCGCAAUCCCUGCAGUCGCAACCCCUGCAGUCACAGUCGCAAUCCCUGCUGUCGCAGUCCCUGCCGUCACAGUCGCAACCCCUGCAGUCAGAGUCGCAACCCCUGCAGUCGCAACCCCUGCAGUCAGAGUCGCAACCCCUGCAGUCGCAAGCCCUGCCGUCACAGUCGCAACCCCUGCAGUCGCAAGCCCUGCCGUCACGGUCGCAAUCCCUGCAGUCGCAAGCCCUGCCGUCACAGUCGCAAUCCCUGCAGUCGCAAGCCCUGCCGUCACGGUUGCAAUCCCUGCAGUCGCAAGCCCUGCCGUCACGGUCGCAAUCCCUGCAGUCGCAACCUCUGCCGUCACGGUCGCAAUCCCUGCAGUCGCAACCUCUGCCGUCACGGUCGCAAUCCCUGCAGUCGCAACCUCUGCCAUCACAGUCUCAAUCCCUGCAGUUGCAUGCAGUCAACAGUCAUUCUGCUCCAGAAAGUGCGGCCAUUCGAAACAAUGACUUUGAUUUCGAUGCCUUGGACUUCAGUUGCCCUUCACCAGUUGCGCAAUUGCAGUACCCGUUCACCUCUCAAGCCCUGCCAUCCUCCACCCCGCCUCCUUAUUCCUCCUCCCUCUUUGCGUUGGUUCCUCCAAACUCCUCCCUCUCAGACUCCAACUCCUCUUCCCACUUCACGGCAUCUUCCUCGUCGUCUGAACAGUCACAUCUUCUGUUACCCAAUGGCCAUUGCAGUAUGGACGGCCUCGACGUGCGCCAGACACUAGAUCACAGGAUCCACGGAACGCCCCCUGACCACCGCCAGUCUGUCAUCCAGUUUAAAUCAAUGGAGUGGGACGCCACCUAGAGACUGCUGAUUGGUGGAUGUGCAAUUUUGGUGGGCGUGGUCUGUUAGUAGCCAGUGUAACUUGUCAAAAUUCUUGAUUCGUUACAUUUUGACUGUCGUCUCAGCUCACCCGGUUGGCGCGUUUAGUUUUCGGUAAGAGUUUGGGAAGACUUUGGUUUUUUUUUUUUUAGACGUUUU